AUGAAAUUUUCUGGUGGAAAUCAUGAUAUUGUCAAAUAUGCAGCGCAGCCCAGUUUUCCUCUCUCAUCUAGUGUGAUCUCACAGCGUGCUCGAUUAUCAGGUGAGAGUGGAUUUGACUGGGGAGCAAGACCCAAGAGGUCCCAAAGAGCUAAUAUUGGCAGGGAAUGGCUGCUUAUGAAGAGAAACUCCUUUGUUUACAUCUUCAAAAUGGUCCAAUUGAUCGUUCUUGCAUUGAUCGCAAUGACUGUCUUCCUUCUUACUAAGAUGUCCUACAACGAUCUUCCCGAUGGAAACAUUUUCAUGGGUGCUCUAUUUUUUGCACUAGUCACUCUCAUGUUUAAUGGGUUCGCGGAGCUUUCAAUGACCAUCGCUAAGCUUCCCGUUUUCUACAAGCAAAGAGACCUCCUCUUCUAUCCUCCAUGGGCAUACGCUCUGCCAUCGUGGAUUCUCAAGAUUCCGAUAACAUUUGCAGAAGUUGCUGUGUGGAUUGCCUUGACUUAUUACGUCAUUGGCUUCGAUCCGAAUGUUGGAAGGAUGUUUAAACAAUAUCUGCUACUCGUGUUGAUUAGCCAGAUGGCAUCUGCAUUGUUCCAGUUGAUUGCUUCAUUGGCUCGGGACAUGAUCGUUGCCAAAACGUUCUAGGCCUUGGCGCAACACGUAAUCAUGUCGCUUGGAGGAUUCAUUCUAGCAUGAAGUAUGGUGUACU